UUCUAGCACAACAGCAUCCCGGAACUCUGGGCGCAAAUGGUUUGGAUAAUCCAACAUGGCUCUUCUGCAGCUCCAAAGAGCGUGUGAGCGCUUCCGAUCACACUUGUAUCCUCCAGCAACAUAUUAAGUACCCGAGCGUGCCCAAUUUCUAGCACAACAGCAUCCCGGAACUCUGGGCGCAAAUGGUUUGGAUAAUCCAACAUGGCUCUUCUGCAGCUCCAAAGAGCGUGUGAGCGCUUCCGAUCACACUUGUCGGACGAAGAGACGCGGCGAGUGGAAAACGUUAAGAGUGUGGAAGAUGUUCGCGAGGCUAUCAGUCAAAUCGAGCACUAUCUUGCCUCCCGUCAAAAGUUACGAAACUUCGAACGGCUCGUACCUUUCCUCGACGCAGCUGAUCGUUUGACGAAGCCAAUCGAUGUCCUCUCUAAUGGCGUUCCGUUCCUGCCUUACAUAUGGGCACCCCUUAAGCUCAUUCUUCAAAUAUCCCAGGAUCACACUCAUGCACUGGAUAAGAUCCUCGCUGCUUAUAGCCGAAUCGGGGCCUCGCUUCCGCGUUUCUCUCGAUACGGCAAUGCGUUCCCAGACAGCCACGACUUCCAGCAACUACUGGGACACAUAUACGAGGACAUCAUUGACUUCCACUGCCAUGCUUACCGGCUGGUACAAAAGCCGGGGUGGGUAAUGCUCUUCUCAACCUGUUGGGGUCGAUUUCAGCAUCGGUUUGAUUCAUUGAUUGAGAGCAUCGACACAACCAGCCAACUCAUAGACAGGGAGGCAGCUUCUUAUGAAAUAGUACAAGCUAGAGAAUGGCGGCAAAAAGCCCUGGAGAAGGCGCAAGAUCAAGAAAAGAAAGAAGAGCUCUACCAGCGCGAAGCUGUCAACAAGUGGCUUCAAGUGAGCGACAGAAACGAGGAAAAGCUUGAGCGCCUUCACAACCGUUGUCUCGAUGGAACAUCUCAAUGGGUGACUGGAUCACCCCAGGUCCGAUCUUGGCUCCAAAAAGGCAGAGGAAAGCCGGUUUUGUGGCUUCAUGGAAAGCCUGGUUCUGGCAAAUCCAUCCUGUGUUCGCAACUCAUCUACUUCCUCAGAUCAAACCCCACAUGGAAGUGCUUAUUCUUCUUCUGUGAUUAUCAUAGCACAGGUUAUGGGGUAACCGUACAGGUCUUACGGAGCAUAUGUGCCCAGAUUCUGGACCUUGUUCCGGAGACGGCAUCGUUCAUGUACAAAGAGUGUGUCGUUUCUGGGAAAACACCUUCAACAUCAUUUCUGAAAGAACUUAUUCCCAAACUUUUCAGCUUCUUCGACGACUUGCGCCUGAUCAUCGAUGGAAUUGAUGAGAUUGUGUCAUCGGAGCACGGAGAAUUAAUCAAAACCCUGACAAAGCUGGCAGAGACGCAGGAAAACUUCAGAUUGCUCAUAUCUAGCCAAGAUAUCCCGAGUAUAGCGAGGAACUUGAAGGGCAGGCCAACAUUGAUAGUUGGGAAACAGUCUGCGUCUGUUUGUAAGGAUAUUGGCUUGAUUGUCUCAAACCGCCUGGAGACCAUCCGUGAGGGGCUAGAUGGUCACGUUCCACAAUCGGUGUUCACUGAAAUUCGAGAAACAAUCCUCAAAAGAGCAGAAGGCAUGAGUAUAUCCCCUAAGCGCGAAAAGAAGAUGGGAAAAACUGACGGCAGCGCAGGAAUGUUUCUAUGGGUCCAUCUAGUAUUACAGGUGUUGGAGACGACGGACAGUAUCCAAGAGCUGAGAUCGAGUGUCGAGGCCUUCCCAAAAGACCUUGAAGAAGCAUAUUACAAGACUCUCACCAGCAUCAUAAGUCGCUGUCAGGCAACAGAUGUGUCGAAGUUACGACGAAUAUUUGGCUGGAUGGUGUUUUCGAAGGGCGGCCAGCCUAUGAGGAGAUUUGAAUUACGACUGGGUCGAAUCCUCCACGCCGAUUCGACCAUAAUCAAUGAGAAAACGAAACCGUUUUCGAACGUAUUAGAUCUUUGCAAACCGUUCAUAGAGGAUGGUCCAGGUGCAACCAUGGUGUUCAUCCACGCCACAGUACCCAAGUUUCUCCAAGCCCAAUCCAGUGGACCGUUCAUCAACAAGGAAGAUUCUUGCCGAGAUAUCACAACUGCCUGUAUUGCGCAGUUGACACAGAGCUUGGCUCUGGCCGACGAAACGAUGGAACGCCUGCAGCAUCUUUACUGUGUUGCACAGGGUUUCUACGGACUUCUUCCUUACGCUCAUGAACACUGGAUUGAGCACCUACUGGAGUAUCUCGAGCUCAGUCAAGGGUUUUGCACACCCGAUUCUUCGAGAAUACAAGGACAACUCAUGGCGCUUGCUAGAAGUUGGAUCGGCCUGGUGGGAGAAGAGGCCACGCGAAUAUCCAAUGCGGAAAGCCUUGAUCCCCGUUUACAUUGGCUCGAGAGCCUCCCCUCAGCAAGAGCACUAGUCCAGGGAACCCUUGUACUUCGAAAAGCAACGAAGGAGUCUGUUGAGACUGUGCCCUCUCCAAGAGAUGCCACAUUACUCUCAUCUGUCAGAACAAGGUACCACACGUAUGUUGUGGACCUCUUGACAGGGACAAAUUGUCCAGGGCUUUUGGCUAAGAAUUUAAUUGCUUUCAAAGAAGAAUACGGCCCGACCGCAUUUGUGUGUUCCAUCUAUGGAUGCGAUAAAGCUGUGGUUGGAUACUCCUCAGCAUUACAGCUGAAGGAUCACUCAGCGAGACAUCAAGAGAAACUACGAUGCUUCUCACAAGACUGCUUCUACAACGAUGUUGGGUUUACCUCUCUAAGACAAUUCAAUGACCACCAGAGAAGAUGCCAUCCCUCACCCCCACUACCAUCGAUUCCUCGGCAGAUUCCCCAGAGACCGGGCCAGGGGAGUCAAGCGCCUGCGACGUCGUUAGCAAAUGCCAAGCAGGAUCGCCAAGAAUUACAGUAUGGUGCAAGCAAUCAAGCUCCUAUACUAGCCACAGUUUCCCAGCAGAGUCCUCCAGAAACAUCGGACUACAAAAGCUCAGAAGCGUUCGCGCCUUCCCCGGCGUAUGCACCAACACACGUUGGAGCCCAGCAGGCGCCCCAGGCGACGCAACUGACAACGGAGGAAAGGUUUCUGUCUAAGCCGCAGUUGGGAUUUCAGAUCAGCCGACAGGUGCAGCGCGCUAUGCGGCAACACUCAAACUGGCAACAGCGACAGGGGCGGCGACAGCGACCGGGACAGCAACAGCGACAGCAACGGCGACGGCAACAGCAACUGCAACAGCAACUGCAACUGCAACAGCAACAGCAACUGCAAAAGGGAUACUUGGACUUGCAACUGCAACAACAACAGCAGCAGCAACUGCAAAAAGAAUACUUGGACCUGCAACUGCGAAAAGAAUUCUUGGACUUGCAGCUGCAACGACAACAGCAACCGCCGCAAUUGCAGCAGAAUGGCAUGCCGGCGGACAUGGUGAUGCCCGACCAACUAGGCAUGCCUCGCAAUAUGCCUUCUAAUCAGGAUCCUCAUUUUCAAGUCACGCUAAGCGACGACAUUUUCGCUAACACAAGAUCUCGCUUUGUGAACCUCGCAUACGACAAUUCGAGGCAGAGUGCUGCUCCGAUGAGUCAAGACAGUAUAAUUGAAGAUAUUAGGGACCAAAAGUGGACGGAGCGAGGUAUAGAGCAGGAUAACAUGGGGCGAGCAUCAGCUCCCCCUAUGCCCACGCCACAAGCACAACAUAUGCCUCAGCGACCUCUUCCGUCAAUAAACAUCGACUUGACACCUCCGCCUGUCUAACCUUUAGAUCUACCCUUGCUGAAGGAGCUGAAAGGGCAUGGUAUCGGUAAUUGAGGGAAACGAGGUCGUUUGGGUGGAGUAGGUGCUAAACGGAGGCGGCGUUUGGGACGAGGUGUAGGUAGAUGAGUGCGUCGAGACAAGUGAAAAAGAACGGCUGCAAUAAGCAAAGAGGCACCAGAGGGGA